AAAUGUCUGCCGCCGAGGAAGAUACCGAGCUGCGGGACCUCCUUGUUCAAAAUUUAGAAAACAAUGGCGUUCUGAAUAAAAUUAAGGCUGAACUGCGUGCUGCUGUGUUCCUUGCAUUGGAACAGCAGGACAGAGUGGAGAAUAAAACUCCACUUGUCAACGAAGGCCUUAAGAAGUUUCUUAAUACGAAAGAUGGGAGAUUGGUAGCCAGCCUGAUCAUAGACUUCCUGCAGGUCUUUGAUUUGGACUUCACGCUAGCCGUCUUCCAGCCGGAAAUUAACACACUCAAUGGACUGGAGAACCGUGAGGGGGUGGCCCGCGAGCUUGGUAUUACCGAUCUGGAUGCCCACAAGCGCAUGCCCCUCCUGCUGGAGCUGGUUAAGAAGAGCAAAGUUAAGGACAGAUUACCUGCUGUUUCAGAGGAAUUAUUACCCCGUCAGAUUGCUGAGGCCAGAAGAAGGUUCGACUUCUAUGACAAGGAAAAAAACGGUGAAAUAACCAAAGACGAAUUGAGAGUUGCAUUUUCUGAUCUUUUCCCCAGUUUUCACAGGAAUAUUCUGGAGAGGUAUCUGACUGAUGAAUUGCAAGCCAUGGGCCGGGACUUGAGCACUUCAAUAAACUUCCAAGAAUUUCUGGGAAUGUACAGGCGAUGGUUUACACAGUGCAGAAGUGUGUUCACUAGUGACGGGAGUGAUGUUAUACAGACAUCGAGUAAACUUGCAGAGGAAAGAACCUGCACAACCAGUAAGGACAACGAGAUACCCAGGUAUAAAGGAUUUAUUAAGCACAGUGAGGAGCUGGAGACAGCUGGUUCCAAGCCUCAGGAAGUCAGCCACACUGAUCUCAUCAUGACUUGUGAUGCUUCAAAAACUAAGAGCCAAUCAGUAACUUCAGCGCAGGAGACCAGGCAAGAAGACUCUGGCCUGUUGGGUAGAAAAAUGCUAGGACUGGGUGUGGAGGAAGAUAAUGAUGAGGGGGAUUCCUUCUUUGAUGACCCUCUGCCACAACCCCAGAAGACUUAUGGCUGUAGUCUGUCUGUUGGGGAUAAAAAUAAUUCAGGAACUUUCUCUGAAAAGAAAAAUAGUCACAAAGAAAUAAGCCCCUCAGAGAAGGAGAAAAGUGUGUCUGGGGAUUCCUUUUCCCAAAUGAGGAAGAUGAGUAGCCUCACUGACCUCUCUGCCAUACACAGCGACUGUGAGGAUGAGGCAGGGGACCCCUUUUCAGACCAUGGUAAUGGGGGACCUUGCAGUUCUGAGCCUGAUGGGAGGCAUCCAAGCCCUGGUAAACCAGCUGAUAGCUCUCCCGCCUCCCUGUCUGAUGGGCCCCCGUCAAAGAGCAUCACAAAGCCACUAUCUGGAGAGCCCUUGUCGAAAGAUUCACUGGACACCAAGAGCAGUAAUCGCAAUGAUGGAGCAUUCAAAAAUUCAAAGACAAACAGUGAUAAAAAUGCUUCCAUUGGUUUGGAUGAGGAUGACUAUGACGAUGAUUUUAACAGCACUAGCCGCCAAUCUGAUAAUUCCAAAAGCGAAGUGAGCAUCGGAGAAGAGAUCGAAGAGGUUUCUAUCGAGGGACCUGACAGCAGCGAUAAGCUGGAGGAUAUCACGCAGGACCUCAGCAUCUCUCAGCUGAGUCAAGUUGCUGACUACAUGGAAGACGUGUCCUGAACUCAGAUGACAUCUUUACCCUUAUUUAGUCGUCAUGUAUAGCAUGUCUUCUACUGUAUAUUUGUAAUUGUGCCAACUGGGUUAGAAACGGCAACAAUGUUAAAGCUGGACUAUGUAAAGAUGAUACUGGAUUUAAAAAGUUUAAACUUAUUUAUUUUAACUGCCUGUUCUCUUGAAUGGUAUGAAAGCCCAUAGUGUGUACUGUAGUUUUAGUCAGCAGUAUAUGUUGUCGUAGAAACGGUGUGUGAGCCCAGUGGAGGCGAAGUGGUAUGUGGUUAAUCGUGAGGUUAGUGCUCCUGCACAUGCUGCUGCAGUUAUGUCAUAUACAUAACCAAAUGUGGACUCGUUUUUACACUGCUCCUCUUUCCUGCGCUACUGUGCUGAUAGUAAUGUCUUCAGUGUAAUGUUGCCUCUACUGGCUUUCUACCAAAGCUGGGCAGUUUAAGUCUAACCAUACACCCAGGUUUCUUAUUAUGAAAUGUAAAAGGUUUUUAUUGAAUGAAAGAUGAAAUUUUUGAAUACUGUAAUUUUAACUAACUAAUGCUGUGCACAGAGCUUUUGGCAAUUAUGUAAAUGUUAAUUACUACCUCCGAAUAAAAUUGAGGAUGAGAAUUGUUUCAGUGUUUGUGGAAAAGAACUCUAUGCAUUAAACUAAUUUUU